CUACCACCUGGCCCUCGUCCGUUUCCUAUUCUGGGAAACAUUCCACAGAUGACUCUAAAGUUCCCGGAGAAGAGAUUCGCGCAAUGGAGGAAGAAGUAUGGGGACAUAAUCUUCUUGAGGAUGUUCAACACGCCCGUCUUGGUUAUCAAUUCGGCAGCCGCUGCACGAGAUCUGCUGGACAAGCGGAGUGCAAUAUACUCGGAUAGACCGUAUUCGGUAAUGAUGAUAGAUCUGCUGGGAUGGGAACACGAUUUCGUAUUGACGCCAUACAAUGAGGAGUUUCGCAAGCAUCGACGAUGGAUGCAUAAGCCUUUCUUCUCUAAGUCUUGCCUCGCCGCUGUUGCCGACAUGCAGAGGCGCGAGGCGAUUGCUUUACUAAUGGGAUUGCUGAACGAUCCGGAGGAUUUU